AUGAGAUUCAAUACCGUCUCGGGCGCUGUGGCCCUCAUGGCGCUGAGCCAUUCAGUAGCCGCCGACCCAUUGAGCAUCAAACUGCACAACCGUCGCGCAACUCCUUCCAAACCAAGGGCCAUGUCGAAGCGAUCUUCAUCCGGCUCUGUCCAGCUGACAAACUGGUUCGAGAACUUCGACCUCCAGUGGUACGGCGAAGUCGAAGUCGGAACCCCUCCUCAAAAAUUCACAGUGACCUUCGACACCGGCUCAACAGACCUCAUCAUCCCCGCCACGAACUGCACAACCUGCGCCUCCCACCUCGCCCUCUUCAACUCCUCCACUUCGUCCACCUUCUCCUCCCUCCCGGGCUACAACGUCACCACGGCCUUCGGCACCGGCGGCAAGUCCGUCCCCUACGCCGUCGCCCAGCCCGCCAACGGCAACGUCGUGACCGACAGCGUGACCAUCGCCGGCCACACCGUCGCCAACCAGACCUUCCUCCUCUGCGAGACCUACGCCGAGGCCUUCAACGAGAUGCCCAUCGACGGCAUCUUCGGCCUCGGACCCCCCGGCUUCUCCCACUUCUCCGAGGCCACCAACGCCUCCUUCUCGACCUGGUUCUGGUCCCUCGUUCAGAACGGCGAUGUGCCGGAACCCCUGUUCUCCAUCUUCCUCAACUCGGGCGAGGGCAGCGCGCCGGGUGAGCUUACUCUCGGAGGCGUGAACAAGGACCGCUACGAGGGCGAGAUCGCCAACGUCGACUUCAACAUGACCGUCGUCGCCCUCGGGAAGGAGUGGUUCAUCGACUCGCCCGAGUUCUACGUCAACGGCAAGACGGUCACCGACUCGUCCAACGACGGCGCGGCCUUCCCUGCCGGCGUGUCUCUGCUCGAUACCGGUACUGCGUUCCUGCAGACUCCGGAUUACCAGACCGCCAAGGACAUCUACGCCGCCAUCAGCAGCGAUAUCACGCAGAUCGACGAGUUGGGUGUCUGGGGUGCUCCAUGCGACGUGGUUGAGAAGCUCGAGCCGGAGUUGACGUUCACUAUCGGGUCCGGAUCCCAGGCGUUGAACUUGACUGUGCCUAAGGGGGCGUUCAACCUGGGAGAGUACCCCGGCCACGAGGGUAUCUGCCAGACGCUGUUUCUGAACCCUGUUGCGCCCAUCAGCGAGCUUGCGUCUAUUUGGGUUCUGGGUGGUCCGUUGUUGAAGGGGUACUACACCGUUUGGAACGGAACGAACCCUGAACAGUUGCAGUUUGGUGUUGCGAAGUUGAAGGCAAAUGCUACGAGCGGAGGCAAUGGUACUGCGAGCCCGACUCCAACCUCGGCGCCGGUAAGCGGUGGUGUGAUGCUUGGGCCUGCUGGAGUGAUAGUUGCGGCGGGACUUGCUGUCUUUACCUUGGUUCUCUAG